AUGUAUUUAUUAAUUACAUUAUUACUAGUGACAUUUGUUAGUUGUCAACAAGAUAUAUGUUCAUGUUCAUGUUGUGUUGGUCAAUUUUGUGAUCCAGUUUUUAUUGGUAGUUCUGACAUACAGACCUGUACAAAAGAAUCGUGUAGUUCAUAUUGUCGUAGUUUAAAUUCUCAAUGUCAAAUAGACUAUCCAAAUGGUCAAAUUUUAGCUACAUGUUCACCAAUCAAUACUCCUCUAUAUAAAUGUCAAUGCAAUUGUUGCAAUACAGGUUCUGCUCUAUGUGCACCAGCAUUCAUUGGUUACAGUACCACUUUUAUAUGUCAAAUAAGCUCAUGCAGUCUUUCAUGUCUUGAUCAAUAUCCAGAUAGAUGCAUCUCAAAUGAACGUGGGCAAACAAAUGGUACAUGUAUUGGUGAAAUUAUAACAUCAACUAUACCAACAACAACAACUACUACUACUAUCGCUACUGCAUCUUGGAUCGGUAAUACAUGCUCAUGCAUGUGUUGUCAAUCGGGACCUUCGUGUUCACCAAAUGUUUAUGUAGGUCCUGUCUUAGCAGCUCAAUGUUCAUCAACAGCUUGUACACAAGAAUGUCAAAAUAAAUAUCCAUCAUCAUGUCCAUCAAUAUCUUAUUUGGGUCAAACAAAUGGUACAUGUACAAAUCAAAACAAUGGCAAUACACGUUGUAAAUGUCAAUGUUGUGAUUUAACUGGAUGCCAAUCUUCUGAAACUAGUACAAAUGAAGAUUGUACUACAUGUCAUAGUUUAUGUCGACAAAGUUUAGUAUGUGGUAAUACAAAUAAUGUAACAGAAAGUUGUGUUAAUAAUACAACAAAAAAAAUUAUGCCUCAUUCUAUUCUAUUGACUGUUUUUAUAUCAAUAAUUGUGGUCGCUUUUUUUUCUGUUGCUCAAUAA